AUGGGAGGCGUAUAUGAGUGUGUGAAGGAGGCGAUUGUCUGCCCUCCCGGUCUCCCAAAGGCCAAUCCCACAAUCUCAUCAUGGCAGAGCCCACCUGACUCUGUGUCCAAUGUCCGGUCUGCAGUUCUUCCUAAGGAGGUGGAUAUUGCCAUCAUUGGCUCUGGUAUCACUGGAUGCAGUGCAGCCCGUGCCAUCGUCAGCCAUCAAGCUGGAUCUGCGAUGCGUGUUGCGGUUCUUGAAGCCCGUACGGCAGUCAGUGGUGCAACUGGCCGCAAUGGAGGCCACCUCAUCUCGGACACCUGGGGGUUGUUUCCUGAACUGGUGGACGAAUUUGGUUUCGACGAUGCCGUAGACAUUGCGCGAUUCUCAGCAGAGAAUAUAUCCGCCCUAAGAAAGGUGGUCUCUGGUCUCAAUGAUGCUGAUCAAGAAACUGUCGAAUUUCGUGACGUGGUGGCUACAGCUUCGCUCUCGGACUCGCAGUCUUGGGAAGGGAGCAAACGAGCUGUAGAAAUAUUCGCUGAGGCGAUGGGACCCGAUUUCGGGAUCCAGGUUGAAGUCUCAACAGACAAAGACAUUGCAAAGAGGGACUAUUCAUAUGCUGAUGGAGCGGGAUUUAUGAAACAACACGGCGCUGCAGCACUGAGUGCUUACAGAUUGGUGACUGCAGUCUGGAGACAGAUCUUGGACAAGCAUGCUAAUUGCAUCACGCUCGAAACCGAAACUCCAGUACUGUCAGUGGAGCCACAUACUUGGGAGGGGAAAGACGGGUACAGCUUAACCACUCCCCGGGGCACUAUUCGAGCCUCAAAGGUCAUACACUGUACCAAUGGGUACGCUGCUAAACUCUUGCCGAAUCUCGUUGGAAAGCUCUAUCCCCUACGAGGCACUAUGUCAGAGCAAGAACUUGGGCCGUCUUUUCCUCAGUCUGGAGCUGAAUACUCCUGGACCAGCACUGGCCUGGGAAAUUAUGACAAGAAAUCAGACGAAAUUCUAGUCAACCUUUGGUAUGCUCAGCAAAAUCCAAAAACUCGGAAUCUCUUUAUUGGAGGCGAGCAUCAACCGAUAAAAGAACUGUUAAACGACGAUGAUUCAAAGAUAUCAUCUUCCGCGCGAGCUCAUUUGAGCGUCAUCACUUCCAAGAUUUUCCACAAUGCUGAACCAACAAGUGUCAAAAGGAUCUGGUCAGGCAUCAUGGGAUUCACGGCAGAUUUAUUUCCAUUCGUGGGACCUCUGUCUAAAGAAAUGACUGGUCGAGAUGGGAACGGGGAGUUUAUAGCUGCGGGAUUCAGCGGACACGGCAUGGAUAAGUGUUGGCUGUGUGGAGAAGCAGCUGCCCUGAUGGCUCUUGGAGAAGAUGUUCCAGUCGGAUUUCCGAAACCUUUUUUGGUCAGCAAUAGGAGAAUCCAAGACGGAACCCCAGAAGCUGCUGCCAAAGCAUUGAUUGACUCUAUUGUGUGUCUCGCCGAUACACCCAACGACGCUGUUGAAUAG